AGGCGCGCGAGGGCUCUGAAGAGAACACACGCCGUUUGGGGCUCUCUGGCGGGUGUCUUCGUCGCCCUCGGGUCCAAACCAUGGCUAGCUCUUGCGUCUUCUUGCUGGGCUCGCUCCUGCUGCUCCUGGAGAGGGCGUGUGCCCAGGAGACACCGCUGACAGGGAGUAAAGAUAUCUGUUUGCAGCCACCCGUUAAAGGACCCUGUCGGGCCAUACAUUACAGGUGGCACUACGAUAGAUACUCGCAAACUUGCAAGCAGUUUACAUAUGGGGGCUGCGAAGGGAAUGACAACAAUUUCUUAGAUUUGACAGAGUGUUCAGAAACAUGCAAAGGGAUCAAAAAAGUGCCAAAAAUAUGCAGGCUGGAAGCUGACCCAGGAAUAUGCCGAGGUUACAUUGCAAGAUAUUUCUUCAACCUCAGAUCGAUGAGAUGUGAGAAGUUUUAUUAUGGAGGAUGUUUCGGAAACGAAAACCGAUUUGAUAAUGCAGCCUCCUGCAUGGACUUCUGUUUGCCGAGGAGAACUGCCCCUUCAUUUUGUUAUAGUCCGAAAGAGGAAGGAUCGUGUUCAGCUUCAGUCUCUCGCUUUUAUUACAACUCUAAGACAAAAACAUGUGAGAAGUUCAGCUACACUGGCUGUGGUGGGAACAAUAACAACUUUACCACAGAAAAAUCCUGUCUCAGGAUCUGCAAGAGAAGGACAAGGAAGCAAAUUUUGUGAGACCAAAGAAAAUGGAUGUAUACAGAAAAUCUCUCCAGCCAAUGAAUGCCACAUAGUUUCCUAAAUCUGAGAGUCUGAACUAUAUGAACUAUUUCAAUUUACUGGAAGCUAUAAUUUAUUACUUUCAUUGUAUACAGAAACAUACUAUGAUCUUUUCUCAAAUGUAGCAAAUUACUGUUGUGUUAACAAAACUCGCCCUUUUGAAUUGGGUUCUUUGUACCCAAGGUGCUUUGCUGAGAAUGAGAAACCUUGGCAACUGGGUUGCACCUUUAGAUGAUCUCUGGCAAGAGCGGGAUGGGGGUAGUGCAUCCAUCUUGGCUCUUCUUGACCUCUCUGUGGCCUUUGAUACCAUUGACCAUGGUAUCCUUUUGGGUUGGCUCCAGGAGUUGGGGGGCACAGUUUUGUGCUGGUUCACCUCCUUCCUCCAAGGCUGGUCCCAGUCAGUGUUGAAGUGGUUGAGAGGUCCAGCC